UCUUACUCGCUACUCUCUUUCACUCUUCAGCUUCACACUACAAUAAAAGUUAUUCCUUUCAUUGAUUCCCCAGACACCAAUCUACAAAAUUCAAACUCUUUCGUUUUGCCGAAUCUUCAAAAUAAAGAAAAGUCUAGUUAUUUUUAAACCCCCUGUUUUAUUAAUCGAUCUGCUGGGCUGAUCAUCAUCUGCUUUUCUUUUGAACUAUCGAAUGGAGGGUAUGGAAGAUGCCAAGUCCGAGGCGCAUUUAACCUCUACUUCAGCAUUUGUGGAAGGUGGAAUCCAGGAUGCUUGUGAUGAUGCUUGUAGCAUAUGCCUUGAAGAAUUUUGCGAAAGCGAUCCAUCCACUAUGACAAGGUGCAAGCACGAGUUUCAUCUGCAGUGCGUUCUUGAAUGGUGUCAAAGGAGUUCUCAGUGUCCCAUGUGUUGGCAGCCAAUUAACCUGAAAGAUCCAAUUAGCCAGGAGUUGCUUGAGGCUGUUGAACAUGAAAGGAGUUUUAGGUCCAAUCCAUUUAGAAAUGCAACCAUAUUCCAUCAUCCUACUUUGGGAGAUUUUGACCUACAUCUGCCUGUGGGGGCAAAUGAAGCUGAGCUCGAGGAGCGCAUAAUGCAGCACUUGGCUACUGCUGCUGCAAUGGGGCAAGAACGUCAAAUUGCAAGAAGGGAAGGUCCGAGGAAUAGGUCAUCUGCUCAAGCUCGUCCGCGGUUCUUGGUAGUUUCGUCUCAUCCAAAUGCUCCCUCUACUAGUCCGUUGCUUUCACCAUCCCCAUCUCAGAGAGGUGAGCCAGCCCCUACAAACACCGUUGGCACUCCAUCCUCUCUAGAGAGAACUGUGGGGGAAGAAUCUUCAGCAUCAAUUUCUCCUAUACCUUCUGUCCAAGCUGAUCUACAGUCCGCCUCAGCAUCUGGCUCCAGUGUUCUUUUGGUCAAUGAUCAAGGCUUGAACAAUAGGUAUCCUAAUCAAUCCCCUAAUAGUCAUGAUAGAGCAGGACCUUCAGAAUUCCAGUCAUUUUCAGAAUCAUUAAAAUCAAAGUUUAAUGCUGCUUCAGUGAGAUACAAGGAGUCAAUUUCAAAGAGUACAAGGGGAUGGAAAGAGAGGUUUUUCUCUCGCAACACUUCCAUGUCAGAUCUUGGUUCUCAAGUUAGGAGAGAGGUUAAUGCUGGCAUUAAAACAGUUUCGCUUAUGAUGGAGCGUUUAGAAACCCGAGAUAAUAGAACUAGCACGGUUACUGUAUCAAACAGUUCAGAAGACAGGUCUAAUCCAGAAUCAAAUAGUCAACAAAUUUCCAGUGCUGGUGGAGAAACUCCUACUGAAGUCAGUGCAGUAGCUUCUUGUGCCACAAGUUCUGCUUCCAAAUAAGUGAUGUAUUCGUAUCUGAAUGAUAUUUUAGCAUAAAAAGGCAUGAAGAAACAAGUUGGUGUUUGAGAACUGAUCCAGAAUGGAACAUAUGCUGAGAAACAAAUAAGUUUAUGUUUGGAUUUGAAACACCAAUGGCUCAUGUAAUUCUUAGCUUUAUUCAUGAAUAUAUAAUUUUGAGGCGCUCAGUGUGUUGAAGAUGAAAAUUCUUGUUCGACAGCUUCCAAGGUCAAUGUGAUCCUACUUAAUAAUUG